AACCCCAGUGUAAUCAGUCAAGCAGCGCAACUUCCGUAGUCAGACUGAGCGCUAGCUCAAUAGCUUAGUCAUGAGCAGCCCGUGUGUUUGGGGACAAAGACAACCGCUCGACUGCUGGAUAUGAGGGCAGAGUCCGAGCCCGUGAUUAACUAAUAGUGGAUUACCGCUGCCUGUGUCUGUUUUUUGGCCUCUACUUAACACUGUCAACGCGGCUUUGUAAAAGAGCAGGCGCUAGCUUAGCGCGCUAGCUGUGUGUGUGUGUGCGGGUUUAAAGGUCCGGUUCGGGUUUGGUAAGGAGCUGUCGCUAAACUGGCGAGGUGACCAAUGAUGAAUCGGUUCCGAAAGUGGCUUUAUAAGCCAAAGAGGUCAGAUCCACAGCUGCUGGCCCAGUUCUAUUAUGCAGAUGAAGAGCUGAACCAAGUGGCCACUGAGCUGGACAGUCUGGACGGCAGGAAGGACCCUCAGAGGUGUACAUUGCUGGUCAACCAGUUCCGCUCCUGCCAGGACAAUGUGUUAAACAUCAUAAAUCAGAUCAUGGAUGAAUGCAUACCCGAAGACCGAGCCAACAGAGACUUUUGUGUGAAGUUCCCAGAAGAGAUCCGCCAUGACAACCUCGCCGGGCAGCUGUGGUUUGGAGCAGAGUGCCUGGCAGCAGGAUCAAUCAUUAUGAAUCGUGAAAUCGAGAGCAUGGCCAUGAGACCACUAGCUAAAGACCUCACCCGUAGCCUGGAGGAAGUACGCAACAUCACACGAGACCAAGCGCUACGAGAUCUCAACAACUACACAGACCGCAUGAAGGAGGUGCUACGUCAGUUUGACAGCCUCUUCGCUGAGUUUGAGCUCAGCUACGUGUCAGCCAUGGUGCCUGUGAAGUCUCCUAAAGAGUAUUACAUCCAGCAGGAGGUGAUUGUGCUCUUCUGUGAGACAGUUGAAAGGGCCCUAAAGCUUGAAUAUCUCACACAAGACAUGAUUGAUGACUAUGAACCAGCUCUCAUGUUUACAAUCCCUAGACUUGCCAUUGUUUGUGGCCUUGUUAUCUACUCUGAAGGGCCACUUAACCUCGACCGCAAACCAGAGGACAUGUCUGAACUCUUCCGGCCUUUUCGUACUUUGCUGAGAAAAAUAAGGGACCUGCUGCAGACUUUAACAGAAGAAGAGCUCAUGACGCUGGAGCGCAGCCUCUGCAUCUCCCAGGAUGGAGAAUUCCCUGAAGGCUCCAGUAUGCCGUCGACCAAUGACCCAGCAGCUUCCACUGGUCCUGAGAGCCAUCUGGAGACACUGGAACAGGACGACAGAGUUGAGGAGGUGGUAGAUCUCACGCUUUGUGUAGCCCAGGAAGAAGAUUCUGUAUGGAAGGACGAUGAGGAGAGGAAGGGGCAGCCCGAGACCUCCAGUGAGAGUGAAGAGGAGAAUGCCACAAAUGCAGACUUGGCUUGCUCCAUGCAGUAUGAUGAAGAAGAGAUAGAGCAACUUAAUAUGAUGGUGCAUCAAGUGGGGGACGAAAUGUCUACGCUGCUUUCCCCUCCAAGUCAGAAUCAGUCCCCAGCCCGUCGGCCUCUGCCCUAUAGGGGAAGUAGUCUUGAAGGUUCCAGUGCCACCUCCAGCACUCAGGCAUCUCCGCGGAGAGUCCCAGGAUCCUACAACGAUGAUGAUAGAGUGUUCUUUAUGGACGACCUGGAGGCUGGUGUAACUAGCGAGCUGUGCCGCGGACAGCUUCCUCUUCCUACCGUAUGCCUCAGAUCCCCUGAGCACAGUCGUCCCGCCCCGUUGACUGACUCCUCAUGUAAUGGUUGGUUGACGGGCUGUCAAUCAAGCAACGACACUAAUCUGGGUUGCCAGCGCCAAUCAGCCGAGUCCGUGGGGAACUCCGAAAUGUCGCCCAUGGUGAACGGCUGGGAAGGGUCCCAGGAAGAGGAUAGCGUACAGACUGCGGAAGAAAUUGCCAAUCGGACCGGUGGAAUGAAGUUGUCCGCCACGGUUAUUUUUAACCCUCAUUCUCCAAGCUUGACUGACUUGGCCGUCGUCGUACCUCAAUCGGCUGACGUUCCGGAACCCGGUGAGGGCGGGGCUUUAGUUGCCACUCAGUGCCUGCUUAACUCCUGUGUGUGCUGCACUGGUGGGUGCGUAGACAACCACGAGGAUGCCAUGGAUCCUGCUGGACGGGGCAUGGCACUGGGAUUCGAAAAGCACAAGCUCACCAUUACAAGCUCUGUAUUCCAAUCAGCAGUAGCUGCUGGCAGCCCAGGGAAGGGAAAUGGACAUUUACCACUCACUCUGCCCCAGUCUCAGGGCCACCUCACCCCUUCUGUACCACACUGUUCUGUGCAGAACCUAGUGAGAGAAGAUGAGGGCAGUCAGGACUGUUCCCACUAUUCCUGCUGUGAGAAAUGUGCCCCAGGGGUUCUUCUGGCUCAGGAAAGAGGCUCAGGACAAGGAGAGGGAGGACCUAGUUGCACCCAUCAGGAGACAGGAUGCUGGACGCAACCUAACACUACGGUUAAAGGAAGAUCAGAAGGUUUUGGAAAACAGCCCAAAGAGGAUAACAGAAAGAUCUCUAGUUCUCAGGAGUCUCCCCUCAGUUCUGUCCCCAGCAGUGACAUUGAUGGUGUUUCUGUCACUACAUGCAGUUUGUCGAGUUCAUACACACCCAGCCCUGUCAGUAGCCUGACAACCAGCUCAGACAUGUCAGAGGAUCUGGAUCAUCAGGAGAUUCAAGUUGCUUUGCAAGCUGCAAAACUUGCUGCUCACAACAAAAUUCGCUCGCGUUUCCAUAGCAGUAGUGACCUCAUCCAUCGCCUUUUUGUCUGCAUCUCAGGUGUGGCUGAUCAAUUGCAAACAAACUAUGCGAGUGACCUGCGAAGCAUCUUAAAGACUCUGUUUGAGGUCAUGGCCACAAAAUCCGACCAAGGGGACAACGAAAAGCCCAAGAAAGGUCCAUGUCUGGGCAGUGCUGUACUGGAAGACUGUGCUCUCUGUCAAGAGACCAUCUCUUCAUCGGAACUUGCUGCCAAAGCCCGAGAGGGUCAGUUUGAAGACCCUCCUGAAUGGGUACCAGAUGAGGCCUGCAAUUCCUGCAUUGCAUGUAAAGCGCCAUUUACAGUCAUCAGAAGGAAACAUCACUGCAGGAGCUGUGGAAAGAUCUUCUGUUCCCGCUGUUCAUCACACUCUGCCCCGUUGCCUAGAUACGGUCAGAUGAAACCGCAGUUUGGGAGCCUUCUGAUUUCCCUCUGGUACAAAAGAGCCCCUACCUCAUCCCUGUUUACCCCUCUCACACGGUUCUGUCCCGUUACAGUAUGCCUACACUACCGUCUCAGUCAGUCCUGACUGUCUGCUACACUAAGAGGCAGAUGCCUUUCUCUCUCUUUGCACACUUUUGUUUAUAUAUAUAUAAUUACCAACCACUACAUUCUGUCUGUAAAUGUAGAAAGUUUGAUAUUUUAAUCUCAUGAAACCUGUCAAGAAUAUGACAUCUGGGUCAUAUUUUGCUGUUUGUUAAUAAAAUUGUUAAUAUUUCAUAAAGAAAAUUAAGCUCAUAUUUAGGAUCAUUAUAGAAUAUUAUUUUUGCAUUAAUAUUAUAAUAAAUAAGCUCCCUCUCAAAAAUAAAUAUUCAUUUUUUAUUUUAAAUUGUGAAGUAUUUUACAAGUAAUUUGUACUUUAAAUUUAAUUUAUGCUAUUUUAAUUUUAAAAAUGAAACUUUUUUUUUUUUUUUAAUUUUUUUUUUUUUUUUCAGCCUGAAAUAGGCUUAAUUUUCUUUAUGCAAAGUGUUUCUUUUUAUUUCCUUUUGAAUUUGUGGUAAAAUAUGACUUUGAAAUCUGACUUCCUUUUGACAUUUACCAAUAUAAGAAUGAGAGAUGAUGUUCCGUUGGUUUCAGAUUUAGUUAACUGCAAAACAUCUGCUUCUGUAACAUCGUUACCUUCCAGAAAUCAAGAUUCAUAAUUGCUAUCGAUUUAAGCAAGAGUCGUAUAAAUGCAUGCACAUGAUAUUGUGCUGCAAAACCGUUUUGACCAAAACACUUCAUCUGAAAUGGAAUGAUAUUACAAACACUACUGGCUGGCAUAAAAUGCACUUUGUAUAGCAAAUAGAGGAGCUACAGCUGAUGAUUUAUCAUGUGUAAUAAUCUCUAGUCAUUUUACAGGAACAUUAAGCUUGAACCUUGUACCUGAUUUCAGAUGUUUAACUACAAACUUGUUUCUGAGAUCUUACACAAGUGUUAUUAAACAUUCUCCGUAUAUACGGUUUUCCAACACUAAAAAUCUGAUUGAUUGACACUGAAAUAGUAAUUUAUCAUGCCAUAUUUAUUUUGCCUUAUUAAACAGUUCAGAACACAUUCCUUUUUGCCAAAGUUGUUAUUGUAAAUCCUUGGGGCCACACAUAACAGGUUUCUAGUAAGGUAAAGGUCUGUUUGCAAUGCAUGCAUCUUGUGAAGCAACAUUGAUUGAUUUGAGUGUGACCGUGUGUGAUAUUGUAAGCUACAUCACACUCGAGGCAGUUUGUUUCUGCUGGUUGAUGGUUAAUACUUUACCUCUUUCUGUCUAAUUACCUUUGACCAAGUGUUAAAUCUCAUCAUUCCUGUUUUCAAAUCUUCGCUCUCAUCAUACUGCUGCAUUUACAGGACAUUCACAACAAUGUCUUCAGCUUUAAAACAUACUGUAAUUCUGCAAAGCAAACUGAGAUAUUGUGUUCCAAGAUAUUUGCAUUAUACAUAUUCAAAGGUUUAUGUUGAUGAAUGGCAGGGUACAGCUGUAUUUUGUUCACUUUGGUGUACUUUGCAGUUGCUUUUUGUCAAUAUUAAGGUAAUUUGAUUAUCUCCAGAUUUACCACUUUUACCACAGUUGGUUGUUAUAAUAAGAUUGAAAAGUACCUCUUGAUUGCUUUGCCUUUGCUCACCUGUAGUCGGCUAACCUGAUUCUAGUGCCAUCAGUAUUGGGAUGGAGGUCUACACCUGACACUGACACACUACGCCACUAAAAAUACUGCAGAUAUAGCUUUAGGAUUACUGCUGGGUACAUAUGAUAUAGUGUUGUAUACAGAUUUUCAUCGUUAUUUAGCGGUACGAUCAAGUAGACAUUUGCCGAACGGAUCAAUUCUGUCAUUUUUUUUUUUUUUUUUUUUUUUGGUUGCUUCCUUUUUUUGAUAUCAUGACUGUUCCUCAGGAAUGAUUGAUUGUACAUCGGCAUGAUACUGAGGGAUUGAUUGUAUUUUGGUUUGAAGUGAGACGGUGUGGGAUUGGGAAUCAACCAAAUGUCCAACACUUCCUCGGACGGCAGACUCAACUUCCAGCCUGUUGUGUUGAUAAGCUCAGUUUCUGAUUUGUGCCCUCUUCCGAUUCUUUUUUUUUUUUUUUUUUUUUUUUUUUGUUGUUUUUUUUCCCUUUUUGCCUUGUUUUUUUGUAUUAAUUGAAAAUAAGAUGAGUCUUCAAAAUUAUACAGAUGUUUUAUUUUACAGAGAACAAAAAUAAUGAAAUUAUAUAUGUACAAAAUUACUUUUUCUGUAUAAAUAGAAUCACAAUGAGAGAAUUUACUCUAUUUAUUCAAAGCUUGUUCUUAUUUUGUAAUGGCCGGUUCAGUCUAAUAAGAUGUAAAGAAGAACUUUUCGAAGUCUACUAAGUAUUUAUGUCAUGCAAUGAAAGUAAUAAAUGAAAU